AUGCGCUGGUGCAUCCAGCAGAAGAUUGCUGUCUGGUUCUUUUGGUGGAGACGAACUGCCCGCGCAGCUGUCACUUUUCAGUCCGACAUCAGUCAGCAUGGCUACGUAGCCAGAGAACAUUAUUUGGGAUGCUUGUGGAACUUCCGUACAGCAAUCACAUUAUGUCCAAGCGGCCAUGACAAUGCCUGGCGAAGGAGCAAUCGUUACGCAAAUAUUACAAGCCGGAAAGCCUUGAAUUCCCUGGAGGAUCAGGUGUUGACUGGUGUUCAGUGCUUUCAAGCAUGGAUCUUGGCCCAUGAUUUGCAAGAGAAGCUUUUGGCGUUUUACGAAGGUGUGCCUCAGCGAACCCUGUCACCGCCCAUAGAAGAAGUCUUGUGGAUCACGUCUUUAGCGGGCGAGGAGGAGCAACAAGAAAUUGUCGAGAUAUGCCCGGGUAUGUUCAUCACGUCCCUGUUUCUUCAUUCUGAAUUCCGAUUCACUCUGAACCCUCACGACCUUCUCGGGCAGCGCUACAGAGACCGUGCCCUUCAAAUCUUGCGUCACCUGAAGACGAAGAAUGGCACAUUUGAGGCAGACCAUUAUCGCGUAAUGAUGCGGACAUGGCCGGUAUCUGCGGCCAAUGCUCAAUCCUUGAAGGUCCGACGCACGAUCCAGAAAUUAGGAUAUGCUGCGAAGGAGCGAGUUGAUGUCAUUAUUGUUGCUUGCAAGCGCGACCUCACGUGGGUUGACGUGCUUCCUGUAACCUCCAACAUGCAAAUCUUGAUUUAUGUAAAAUGCAAGGAAGCACAGUCCAGCCCCGUUUGCCAGAGAGCAAAGUGCAUUCCUUCCUGGCAUUUGGACAGGGAGGACUCUGCCCAGGGUGCAGUUCAGAGCGAUGAGUGUGGAGGAUACUUGUACCACAUACUUCGGCAAUACAGCGAGCUUGCGGAGUGGAGCGUUUUUCUGCAGGAUGAUGCGCCUCGCCACUUGCAUUUGGGCUACUUGAACCUGGUACUAAAGAUGAUUUUGGCUGGCACACUGUCAGCAUCGGCGCGGCGUCCCUUCGUGCACCUCAACAACGAUCGUCACCUGAUGUACUGGACGCCGUGCCUGGCUUCAAUUGCUGAACUCCUCGGGCUACCGGCAAAUAAAAUGUUUGCAUCCUACUGUUGCUCCCAGUUCGUCGUGCAUAAAGAUCGGAUUCGGGAACGCACCUUGGCUUUCUAUCAGGCAGCACAGGAUCUCCUGACCGGCACGGUGGAAUCGCUGGAGGGCUGCGUCCACGCUCCCAAUUCGCACAGUCUUCCUUCCGUGCCUUCAACUAGGCAGCGAUCCUUUCAAAUCCGUUUCUGCCACUUGUACGAGUUUCUUUGGCAUGUCAUAUUUGGUGAAGAUCCCAUCCUACCAAGACGGGAAGACGACGCCAAUUUGCCCUCUCUGCUCCGUUUCACUGUGGACGAUGCCACACUGCUUCCUUUGCCAGACUUCUCAAUGUUGCUGUAUGCACAUUCCCCACGAUGA